UUUCCCUUCUGUCUUUCAUGCAGCAGCUCUCACUCCAGAGCAAGUCAAAAUGGCAUUUCAGUCUCUCCGGUCAACAAUUCGAGUGCCACGCAUCCGACCUCGUUUGACAACUACGUCCCAGAGGUCAAAUAGCGGAUCAGCUGAAAGCGUCUGGAAGCUUCAAAAUGUCGAAGCAGCUUACUGGAACGACUACAUAGCCACUCGACCAAAAUACGACGCAGCAAUUUUCGAUCCCAUCUUCAAGUACCAUGCGAUCAAGAAUCAAAAUUUCGAUCAUGCGCUUGAUGUUGGUACAGGCGCUGGAUCUGCGCUGAAUCUAUUGACUUCUCGUUUCCAACGCGUGGUUGCGAGUGACAACGACACCAUCAGCCUCGGUUUCGCAAAAGAGAGAUAUCGACAUAUCCCAUCCAGCCAACUGUCAUGGACAGUUUCCAAAGCUGAAGAUCUCACGCAAAAUCAUCAGCCUUCUUCGUUUGAUAUGAUAACAUGCGCCUUGACAUUUCCAUUGCUCGACACACACAAAACGCUCGAUUGCUUUCACAGUCUACUACGCCCAGAGGGUACGCUCGCCAUCUGGUUCUAUGGUCCACCAAUCUUCGUCCGGUCAGCCCACGCGGAAAAGUGUCAGGCCACAUUAUACGCAGCGCUCGACCAUGCGUUCAAGCCAAUCGUGACAGGUGGAGGUGAACAAGCACGUGCAAACUGGAAACACGCAGCCGACGGUAUGGCGAGCUGGCUGGAUUACAUUCCAUUUUCGACAAAGCAAUGGAACAAUGUACUGCGUCACAAGUGGAAUAAUUCCAAGGCUCGUUUAGCUUUCUUCGGUCCAGACGCCUGCGACUUUGAAGUUGAGCCCGAGAAUGCUAUCGGCCGAACCGAUACUGUCGUUGCAGAGCAAAUCCCUGACUUCUGGAAGGUUGAGUGGGACAUUGGCAUGCUGAAGAAGUUCAUUCUGGCAAUAUUCCCGAAACCCGACCAUAUGCAAAGUGCAGAUGCAACAAUGGAGGCCCACUUUCAAACUCUGGAGGAUGCGAUGGGUGGCAAGAAUACGAAGUCAGUCCUGACAUGGCCUGUGGUUCUGGUACUUGCACGGAAGAACUCCCAAUAACAUGUGCGCGAUGAGGGCAUGGAAUCAGCUCAAGUGCAAGUGUAUCUAGUCAGCUCAUCCGAUGUUGUCGAGGUUCUAUUCCCCUCUUAGUUACGACCGCAAGUAUCUCUUCGGCCUCUCGCCUCUUGUUAUCAAAAUGAGUAUACAUUCGAGGUCUUGGGUGCAAUUGUAUCGAGUUAGCUUGACCGACUUUGUCAAGUCGCCAAUUCUCUCCCGCAGUCUCUCAUCUCGCGUUAUCAAAAUGGGGAUGUGUUCGAGGUCUCACGCGGCUAGAAUACGAUUAUUCCUUGUCGUUUCGUCACU